ACGGCAUCUCCCACAUGCUCCCCACACUGGUUCGGAUGGCGCGCUCAAGAACCUACUCGGAGGCGAUCCGGCUGCUGAACACGUGCCAGAGCAAUGCCGCGACCAUCGAGGCGAUCCGCAAGUCCGGCGGCCGCCUCAACGAGUGGGGCAUCAAGGAGAUGCUCGACUACCUCCGCCGCAUCGGAUACCAGCCGGACGACCUGAACAAGCUCAACGUCGUGCACAUCACGGGCACGAAGGGCAAGGGCUCGACCUCGGCGUUCACCGAGCGCAUCAUCCGCUCGCAGCUGAGCGGUGGCAAGAUCGGCCUCUAUACCUCUCCGCAUUUGUGCGCCGUGCGCGAGCGCAUCCGCGUCAAUGGUGAGCCGCUCUCUGAAGACGACUUUGCCAAGUACUUCUUCGAGGUGUGGGAGCGUCUCGAAGCCGAUCAGAAGACAAUCACGGAGCACACGCCCGUCUUCCCCAUCUACUUCCGCUUCCUGACGCUCCUCGCGUUCCACGCCUUCCUCUCGAUGGGCGUCGACGCGACCGUCCUGGAAGUCGGCAUUGGCGGGACGUACGACAGCACCAACAUCGUCCCGCGCCCAGUCGUGACGGGCGUGAGCGCACUGGGCCUGGACCACACGGCCGUGCUGGGGAACACGAUCGAGGAGAUCGCGACGAACAAGGGCGGGAUCUACAAGGCGGGCGUGCCGGCGCUGAGCGUGCCGCAGGAGCAGGCGGCAGGCCUGGCGGUCCUGCGCGCGUGCGCGGACCGCGUCGGGGCGCCCUUCGAAGUCGUGCCGCCCCUGCCGGCGGGCGUGCUGCUCGGCCUGCGCGGCGAGCACCAGCGCGUGAACGCCGCGCUUGCGGUCGGGCUCGCCAAGCGCUUCCUCCAGGUCUCCGGGCGUAGCGUGGAGGACACAGAUCUCCCGAAGGCGUUUGAGGCGCCGCUCGCGGCUACGCGCUGGCCCGGCCGCUGCCAGACGGCGCAGGACGAGACGGACCCGCACAUCACCUGGCUCCUCGACGGCGCACACACGGUCGAGAGCUUGCGCUCGUGCGGCGAGUGGGCGUGGGGCGGCGCGCCGCGCCCGUCCGCCCUCAUCUUCAACACAUCGGGCGGGCGCCAAAGCGAGGUCCUCCUCGCUGCGCUGCUCGACGCCGGCGCUACGGCGGCCGGCACAGACCGCGCGGCGCUCGGCGCGAGGUUCAAGGACGUCAUUUUCUGCACGAACGUUACGUACACCGACGGACACUUCAAGGGCGACUUGACCGCGGCGGCUAUCGACCCCAACGACCUCGCUGCGCUCGCGACGCAGCGCGCCCUCGCGGACGCUUGGGGCAAGCUCGUCCCCGGGUUUGGGGGGCAGGUGCAUGUCGUGCCGAGCAUUGAGCAUGCCGUCAACAUUGUCCGUGCUGGAGAGGGGGAGCGCGCUGUCCUCGUCGCCGGCUCGCUGCACCUCGUCGGUGGUGUCAUGGAGGUCGCGGGCCUGCAGAAUGCCCUGUCCAUGGAGUAAACAGUAGAAAAGACUUUAACAGUUGUCAUAGGUUUGUAUGAUCUCAACAUCUAAUGCAUAAGAUCUCACUAG